AUGGUAGUAGUGCUAUCUAAAAGUGGGUUUGGUCGGCAAAAUGACUGGUUGAUGAGAGUGGCUGAAAGUGGGUGCAGCUGGUGGUGGGUGGAGGUCGCUAAGCUGUAUGUGAGCUCAUCUCUUCCUUCAACCCUUCUGUGUGUGUGUGAAAACUACCUCUGCAACACCAUCAUUCUCACCCUUUAUCUUGGACCGAAAAAUCCACCAUCACCGGUAACCACCACCACCAUCAAGGACGGAGGUAUUAGUGGGCUGUGGUGGGCUGAAGCCCAGGGGGAAAAAAAAAUUAUUAGAGCCCUAACCAUCCUCGUCCUCCAUACAGCUCUCUUCUUCAUGGGCUUCUUCUCCAUCUACAUCCGCCGCUUCACCCGCUACGAAAACGAUGGCAGCACCGACGUCCGCCGUCGUAGACAGCCAUCGCCACUCUCUUCAUCUUCAUUAAGGCCCCACCACUACCCGAAAGGCCUUGACCCAGCCACCGUCAAAUCUCUGGGUGUGGUUCAAAUCACGGUAGAUCAUGGUGUGAGUGAAUUGAAUGAAGAUUAA